CGGGGCGGCGGCGCAGGCGCGGCGGGGGAGGGCAGCGCUGAUGCAAGAGGCGAGCGCGGCGGUCGCAGGCUACGGCUGACCGCUUUCCUCCGUGCCCGCCGCUCCGCCCGCGUCCCGCUCCGCUCCGCGCACGGCCGCAGCCAUGUCGGGCGACGAGAUGAUUUUUGAUCCCACUAUGAGCAAGAAGAAGAAGAAAAAGAAGAAGCCCUUUAUGCUGGAUGAGGAAGGAGGAGAUACACAGGCAGAGGAGACUCAGCAGUCGGAAACAAAGGAAGCUGAACCAGAGCCAACAGAAGACAAAGAUGUUGAAGCAGAUGAAGAAGAUAGCAGGAAGAAAGAUACAACAGAUGACCUGGAUGAUUUAAACUUCUUCAAUCAGAAGAAAAAGAAGAAAAAAACAAAAAAGAUAUUUGAUAUAGAUGAAGCAGAAGAAGGUGUAAAGGACUUGAAAAUUGAAGGAGAUGUGCCAGAGGCAGUAGAACCAGAAGAUGACCUUGACAUCAUGCUGGGCAAUAAGAAGAAGAAGAAGAAGAAUGUGAAGUUCCCAGAUGAAGAUGAGAUAAUGGAGAAGGAUGAAGCUUUUGAGGAUGAGGAUAGCAAAAAGGAUGAUGGGAUUUCUUUCAGCCUUCAUUCAGGACCUGCAUGGGCAGGCUCAGAAAGGGAUUACACAUAUGAUGAGCUGCUCAACAGAGUAUUUAACAUCAUGCGGGAAAAGAACCCAGACAUGGUAGCUGGAGAGAAAAGGAAAUUUGUCAUGAAGCCUCCCCAGGUUGUAAGAGUAGGGACCAAGAAAACAUCUUUUGUCAACUUUACAGAUAUCUGCAAAUUGUUACAUCGUCAGCCCAAACAUCUCCUGGCGUUUUUGUUGGCAGAGUUGGGCACAAGUGGCUCAAUAGAUGGAAACAACCAACUUGUAAUCAAAGGAAGAUUCCAGCAAAAACAGAUAGAAAAUGUCUUGAGAAGAUAUAUCAAGGAGUAUGUCACCUGUCACACGUGUCGCUCGCCAGACACCAUCCUCCAGAAGGACACCAGGUUAUACUUCUUGCAGUGCGAGACCUGCCACUCGCGCUGCUCCGUCGCCAGCAUCAAAACUGGCUUCCAGGCUGUCACAGGCAAGAGAGCACAGCUCCGUGCCAAAGCUAACUAAGUUUGCUAAGCAACACUGGAUUGUGCUGAGUGUUCUGGGCAGAGCUGACUGGACCAGUUUGUAACCUUGAAUGGAUUUACCAUUGUAUUAAACCGAGAUUGUAAAAACUA